CAUACAAGUGUUCAGAUUGAGGACAGUUCUGUGACUGUAGUCACACCCCUUCCAUUUCCUUGUCCCUUCGACCGGUGUAUGUCAGCAUUACGAGCGCGCACAUGCGCCUGUAAUUACCAUAACUUGAAAUACCUGCACAUAGCGGAACUACAGUUCCCGGGUCGAUUUAGUAAUCACACCUCUCCUCAGUGAACUCUGGGAAUUGUAGCUCUGUGAGUGGAAGGAGGGCCUCCUGACAACUCUCAGCUCUUAACCCUUACAGGUCCCAUAAUUCUUUGGGGGAACCAUCACUGUUUAAAGUGGUAUCAUUGCGCUUUAAAUGCAUGGUGUGAAUGUGGCCUGAGGCUGAGGAGAAGGAAGUUGGCAAGCAGUACCACCACUAGACUGGUUGCAGGUAGGAAGGAAGGCAAGUGAAGACCGGCUGUGGGCAAACUGAGGUAGACUAGGCUCCACUGAUCACAACCUCAUCUCCCUGCUUCAUAUUUUACUUGAGAAGUGCUGGAGUAAGGGAAAAGAAACCACAACAGGGGAAAAGUGGGGUGGGUUGAUGGUAGAUGCGCAAGGAUCUUUGGAAGCAGAUGUGUUUUAUGCUGUUGGAGUUCUUCUGGAGUUACAGGACCUGGCCUGUGCCAUCUUCUGAGCCAGGGCGAUCCUGGGAGCAAAUAAAAGAGUCUUAAAUAUUGGGCAACAGACCCAUUAUGCUUCGACCAAAGUAUCUGAACUUUGUGCUCUCUUUAACUGUGGUGACCUCAUCCUGCCGCCCCAGCAGCAGUGUUUAAAGUCCACCGGAGAAGGGUGUACACACAGGCCGUGUAAAACCUUCGGAGCAGCUCAGUUGUCAUUUGCCACUAACCCCUCGCUGUCUCGCAAAACUUCCCCUGUGCCUGGAUUUGCUUUGCCCUGCUUCAAAAUGAAACUGUUUGGCGGCUUGUUGAUUCUCUGCAUGUCUCUGGCUGUGGGGACAGGCACUGAAGAGACAACCCAGGACAGUGCAGCCCAUCCUUCAGCAGUGCCCGAGGAAGCCUCUUUUUCAGAUUGGGGUAUUGGGACCAUCCGGGAUGGCUUUGAGACUGUGAAUGCCUAUUUAGACUACGUAUCAGAGCUGCUAGGAGGGAAAAACGGUGUCUGCCAGUACCGGUGUAGAUAUGGGAAAGCACCAAUGGCCAGGCCAGAUUACAAGUCUCCAGAACCCAAUGGCUGCAGCUCCUAUUUCCUGGGUCUCAAGGUACCCGAAAGUCUGGAUAUGGGUAUCCCUGCCAUGACUAAGUGUUGCAACCAGCUGGAUAUAUGCUAUGAUACCUGCGGGGCCAACAAAUACCGCUGCGAUGCCAAGUUUCGCUGGUGUUUGCAGUCCAUCUGCUCCGACCUCAAGCGCAGCCUUGGCUUCGUUUCCAAGGUGGCAGCAUGUGAAUCAGUAGCCGAUGGCGUAUUUAAAACGGUCAGGACUCUGGGCUGCCGUCCUUUCAUGGACAGCCAAAGAAGCGCUUGCAUUUGUCAGGAGGAAGAACGGGAAGAGUUGUGAGUAACCUGUCCUUUCAAGAAGAAAAAAGAAGCCAUCUGGUUUUGCAAUAUAAGACAACAUGGCAUUUUUCUUUCCAGCAACCUAAUCUCAGGAAUGUGGACUUCGAAUGUUCUAAACGCUGUAGAUAGGAAGAGGAAAGAAAAAGACUUGAACCAUUAUGCUCUUCCCCUGGCUAUAAUGAUAUUUAAUACUUGGACUUAUGGCAUAAAUAGCUAAUUAACUGCUUAUCCAGGGAUGGGAAGGAAAGGGCUCAUUGGGCAGGAUUUAAUUACAUUUUUUGUCAUAAUGAUUGCCACUUGAAUGCAGCUCCUUACAUUAUCACCAAAAAGGAGGAAAUGUUUUAGUUGACAUAUGAAGCAUGCUCCAGACUUUGUUGUUGUUGCAGCAGAUACAUAUACCAGGCACUCGCUGACUAAAGGUUAACAUACCGUUUAUGUAGAGAAAAUUAAUGUGCUGUUGUGAUUUAUGUUCCUCUGUUAUUCAAAGCUUAUGCCGUAUUACAAACAAACUAACACCUCUGGGACAUGAUCUGGCAUUUGAAGAGUGGCUAGGGCAAUGCAGUCAGAUGGGUGGGGUGUAUAGAGAUAUAUGAGAGAGACAGCAAGCAACUGGACACCUGGAAUGUAGACCACAACUACAAGUUUUGCCUGAAUAGGCAAGUGUAUAAAUGAGUUGUGUGAGGAAGACUCCCUAGGAUGUCGACCCUAUCAGUGCCUAAAAAUAGAUAUUAUAUCUAAAAACAGCAAAUCCUGCUUGAAUCUGGCAAAGCAGAAAAGUUUUCAAUUAAAAAAAUUAGUUUAGGGUUAGCACUUUUAAAAUUGCUCCGAAGGUGGCAGGUACAAAGAUGGAUCUCUAAAGGGAAUUUAUAAAAUUUAUGAGAUGCAUCUAGAAAAGACAAAUACCCACAUAUCUUAGAAGACAAGGUAAACACCAGAUGCUACCAAAGUGUUCAUCAAUAAGGAUGCCCUUGAAGGCAUGGAUGGUUCUUAAUUGAUUACAAAAGUGUACAGUUUAAAAGAACAAUCCUGAAAGGAAAUUUCAUUAAUUGUUUGUAAUGAAAGUACCUGUAUAUCAGACUGCAGAGCAGAGGGAAAGAAGAAAAGCAAGAUUACCAUAGCUGUCAAGUUCUCCCUUUUUUAAAAGGGAAAUUCCCUUAUGCUGAAUAGGCUUCCUCGCGAGAAAAGGGAAAAUUUGACAGCUAUGAAGAUUACUUCAUCAUUUCUGCUGGGAGACCAGCCACCUGCAGCCAUUCCACCAGGCUCUUUGAAUUGUUUUAACCCCAGCUUAGUGUUAUAAGAACUGCAACUUUAAGAAGUACUGUAAUGCACAAGCUUGCUUUUCUCCUCCUCUCUUCCCAUUCCUUCUGCUUAUGUGUCAUGUCUGUCAAAACCAGGUCUGUUUUACUAUUGAUGUUUGUAACCUGCCCUGAGAAUUGUUUUCCGACAAAAGGGUGUGGUAAAAAUGCUUUAAAUAAAUAAUUAGGCCUAGUGGCUUAUAGAAUCAUAGAACCAUAGAGUUGGAAAAUACCACAAGGGCCAUUCAGUCCAACCCCCUGCCAAGCAGGAAACACCAUCAAAGCAUUCCUGACAGAUGGCUGUCAAGCCUCUGCUUAAAGACCUCCAAAGAAGGAGACUCCACUACACUCCUUGGCAGCAAAUUCCACUGUCGAACAGCUCUUACUAUCAGGAAGGCUUAGGCCUUACAUGUCACGAAGUGGAGACUAAGUCAUGAAAUAUGCCACAAUAUAACAUUAUUAGACUUUGUGAUGCUUCAGGACUUUCUGUUGUUUUUGCUGUGACAGAUUUUAGCCUUGCUCCCCUUGGGGAACUUGUAUUUUAUAUAAGUAUAAACCCCAAGAGUACAGCAGUAUAACAAUCAGUUUUGAUUAGACAGUUUGGGAUGCUUUUUGCUUUGCUUUGCUUUGCUUUAAACAGCAGGUGAAGAACAUUAAAAUAAAUGUCUCAGAGUCGCUGCCUAGUGAUUGUGUGUUCAUUUGACAAGAGAGGGAAUCCACAAUCAGUAUCUAUUGCUGCUCUGGAACACUUCAGACUGAAGGUGGGGGGUGGUGGCACACUUGUGUGCUGGUUUAAUCAGAAGGAAGUCCCAUUAUGAGGCUUACAUCACUGGUAAACAUGUUUAGGAUUCCACCCCAAAUACUUCAAUGUUCCUCCAUUUUAAAGACUCCCCUCACAUAGACAUACCCAGUACUGUCAUUUGCUUGUGUAGACCUUUUAACCACCCCCGAAAUAAAUUCAGACAAGACUCAAAUUUUUGGUUUGGUUUUUGGCAGAAUUUAGGCCACAACUUUAUUGAUUGCAAUCAAGUGAGUGGUUGCAUAGGCUCUGGUUCGACUAGCUCCCUGCACCCUUGCAAGUAGCGCUGACCCUGGGCACCAACCAUAGGUCAGCCUCGGGUGAACACCUGGGACAGAGGCAGGCAGAAGCCCUGCUAGUCCUCCACCCAGAUGUCCCCUGGACUCAGGCUCGGGGCACAACCCCUCACUGGGAAGACCAACCAAUGCGUCAGUGGAUUCCUUUAGUGGAAUACCCAUUGCAUAGGGAUGACCAGAGCACUCUGCCACCCCUAUCACCUGGACCAGAGCCUAUCCGCAACCUUACAAGUUGUGACGAUUUGCUAUGUGGCAGGCGAAACCCAAAUGGCACCAGCCAAUCAGCCAAGUGGGGGAAAUUCCUGUUGUGCCUCAACGACAGGCAACACAUGACGGCAUAGCAAGGUCAAGUGCAAACCCUAAAUAUAGGGAGAGGUGGGCGGGUGUUCCGAUGCACUGAGCCCAAAAGAGGAAGCUCAGGGACACGUGCAUGGGCUUAAAUAGAGGUCCCUCAAUCGAUUUAACUGGCAUCCCAUUGGCCAAAUUGCACCCAGGACCAAUAGGGUGUUGUGGCCAUCCAAACGUUCCCACCCACAACCCAGGGUCUGGUUGCCAGGUCGCACCGCAACAUGUGCCCUCUUGUUAGGGAGGACCCGAUUAGGCCAACUGGGUCAGUAGUACUGACCUUUGAGGGGCACAGUUUUAUACAAAUUAGUUUUUGUUAUCUCUUAUAAAUUUCUGAUAAUAUUUUACUUUUACUUCAUAUUUUGAAGAAUUUUUAUCAUUUUUGAAGCAAUCCAUACAAAGACAUGUUUUUGGAAAAGAGAAAUUGGGGUGAAAAAAAUGAUCUGAGGAGAAACCAGAGUAAAAAAAAAUGGUGGUGGUGCAAGUAGUUAGCUUCAUCUAAAGCACAAUAUAGUCUGGCACCAGCACUGCAUAUAGAUACCAGCAAGAGAAGUUAGUCCUCCUGUCUGACAAGCUGGUCUUUUAUGUGCAAAGCGAGGUGUUUUAUGUGAGGAAACAUCCAACCAACUUGACUUACUUGCCAUCUAUAGUGGAGCAGCAGGCUAGCAACAGAAAUAUCUCACAAGGCUCCCAAAUGUGUAGCUUGGCUUUUAGGGAGGGAACACAGAGGGAGGGAAUUUAAUCCU